CAGUAGAAGCUUCAACUGAGAGAGACAAACUGCUGGAUCAGGGCUGCCCUUUGACCCCAGUUCUCAUUACACUGGCUCUGAAAUGCUUUGCUUCCGCAUUAGCUGGGCGUUUAAAACAGAAUGAUAUUCUCGUUUUUAAACAAAGUGUGAUACUUUGUAUCCAACCUGAGGACCUUGAGGAAGUAAUAGCUGCAGUGAGAAACAGAGAUAAUGAAGUGUAUUACAUUAAGGAAUUAUCCAAAGGAAACGUUGAUGGUAAACAAUUAAAGUGCUUGGGAAAUGAGUCUAAGGAUGAGGACUGGAAUAAAAGGAAGGAGGAAACGCUUGCGCACAACACAGAAGAGGAAUCAGAAGCCAGUUGGUCUAAAAUGGACAAAGGCAAUACAGAGAGGCGAGUGUGUGAAGAGUGUGAUUUUUGGUCAAUUAUAAAUGAGAAAAAAGACAUUUUGAUGGAGGGUGAUGGAAGACAGAUCAUGUAUGCAGUUGUUACCUUGCAAGACUCAGAUGAGGUGAUGGUGGUCGCAUCAAACUGGUUGAGCCCAGACAAGAAACAAAGUUACUGGCCCCCAUUCAGAUCAACGGAGAAGUGCAUGGAAGCUGUUAAGAACAGACUUAAACCUGAAACAGGAGGAAAAACAUGGGAGAAAUUAAAUAUUAGCUUUCACAAAGAUUAUGUCUUUUUUGAUGAGGCAAAAGAGGGGCAAAAAGAGAUUACAGAACAGAAAAAACAAUAUCUUCUAUUAGCCACUGGAUUCCCUGGAAUACUAAGACAACAAAGCACUCAAGACAUGUCAAAAAUCCCAGUUCUUCCAACACCAUCUACAUCCAGAAUGCCAGCUGAUGGCAAGAAUGAUCUCCUCCAAAUGCUGAAAGACAUCAGGAGCACAGUUCAGGAAAACUCUUCUAUGUUAAAGAAACUACUGAAAGACAAUCCGGCUUCUGAAGCCCCCAGCAGCAGUACCAGCUUACCCACUAAAGAUGUUAAAACAAGCCUAAAUCUGCCUCUUAGUACCUUUGAAGAUGUGCUCAGGACUGAAAAGGAGCUCAAUAAUGCAACGAAACGCCAAAAAUAUGUAAAAUUCCUGUCAAGGCUUGGAGGUUUUGGGCCCAAGGACGUGAUUAAGAAUAUUAUGAAGCAAGUCCUAACAGAUGAUCUGGCUAAGGAGUUCAACUGGCAGGGGAGAGGAGAUAAAAAGCCCUUCUCUAAGCUUAUUUUAGCAGAUGUGAUCCAAGAUGCAGCAUCAAAACAAAGUGUAAUGAGGGUAGACUGUGAAGCUGAAAUAAAAAAUUAUUUGUGGUACACAAUUGAUCGAAUUGGUCGGAAGAGACCAAGAGUUUGUGGAGGUGUGACUUCAGAAGUGACUUCUCCCACUCUGUUGGACAGUGCCUUCCAGUCAGAGAUUGGAAUGUCUUUUCUUGAUGACUGA